AUAUCCAGCCACCAUAGGUUACAGUACAUUACAUUUUUUAUUGUUCAAAUUCCUUUUUCAUUUGUUGUUGGAUUAUUUUGUUUUUCAGAAAGGGUCUCUCUGUGUAGCCCUGGCUGUCCUGGAACUCACUCUCUAUAUAGACCAGGCUGGCCUAGAACUCAGAGAUCCACCUACCACGUGCUGGGAUUAAGGGCAUGUGCCAGCAUGCCUGGCUACUCUUAAGGCCUAGGUAAUUUUUACCUGCCUAGCCUGCCAUUUUGUGCUGUUACUGCUCUUACUAGGAUAUUCUGUGCUUUGGUGCUCUUGGAAAACAAUCAAAUAGCAGUCACUAGAACUGCUUUUAUAAUUAGCCACAAUAAGCUUGUACCUGAACCAACCUCCCAGUAGCACUUCCUGCACCUCUGUAUGGGUUCUCGCCCAUAUAAGCUGCCUCUGAGAUGGACCCCAAUGUAAGAGAAACACCUGCAUCAUUAUAAGAAGCUAUUUGGAAUAAAUCUUCCAUUUUGAUUAGGGGGUUGUGAAUUUAUGUGAUGGCCAAAGCAAACCUGUUACUCUUAUCCCUUGCCAAUGACCGGCUUUGGCAUCCACGUGGUGGGUAAACUGAGGCAGGCAGCAGGGUCAGUGCUUAGAGCCACUGAAGUGAGUGGAUACAGAUACCUACAGGGACUGCUGCUGAUGGCAGCCAGUGACUAGAGAAGAUACUCAGCAGUCUUUUCUCUGAGGGAACAAAGCUUGAUUUACUACUGAUACUCCCUGUGGCCAGUGGGAAAACUAGGAACUCUUAAUUCUGCAUACGGGUCUACAGACAGACAUAUACAUAUUCAUACAUAGAAUGGUUAGAGCAAAGCUUCAACAAGCAGGCUCCAAGCAUUUCAUGUAUACACACAUGCACACACGCACACACAUAACCAGUAGAUGGUGGAUGGAGCAAGCUCCAACACAUGCCUAGACAAACUUUGCAUACAUACAUACAUACAUACAUUCACAUAGUUAAUGGGUAGAAGGAACAACAUGCAAAAACCCACUCACACAAGUCUUACACAUAUACAUACAUACACAGAGUUGAUGGGUGGAAGGAACAAUGUUCCAGCCACCCAUUCUUUAUUCUUUCUUCCAUAGCUUAUAUAUCCCAGGAAAAUCUUUCAAGCAGUAUAAAAAUACAAUGUGAUUAUGUUUUAGUUUUCUUCUAGUGAAUGAUUGUGAGAAAAAAAAAACAGUAUAUUGCUCAAUACCUUUACAAGAAAUAACAUUAUGUAGUACAGGUAAAGAAAACAAAUUAUUCCCCAAACCCCAUGUACAUUGAUAACUAAGCAACUUGUUAUAGAUUAACAAAAUGUGAGCAAGCAAGGGAGUUUUCUCAGCCAGUUUCUCUUACUGGCAGGCAAUAAUGUUUGGUUAAAAAGGAAGGAAUAAUCAUUGUAUUAUGUAUCUUUAAAGGUAAUCUUCUAAGAAACUUAAAAGAAUCAUAAAUCUAAACUUUUAUAUAAAAGUCAGUCAUAUCUACCUUAUAUUCUUAGAAUUCAUAUCUAUUCCUCAGCAGUGCUUAAUAAAUCAUAUCAGGAAGGUGAGGGCAAAAAUAGCUAUAAAAAUGGGUAUCACUAGUCCAGCCUCAGUGAGAGUCAUGCCAGCCAGUGCCGCCAUUGUUCUUGUUCCCUGAUCAUAAAAGGUCCCUAGCUUAACUAAUAAGAGUGUGUCUUUCUGAACUUCAAAUUGUUUCCUAAGGUUUUCUACAUCAGAGACAGUAGUAAAAACAAGUCGGCUUAGCUUCACUGACAGUUUUAUUUUUCCCAACGCUUUCUGAGGGUCGUGGCUGAUGCUCUACAUGACUAAGUUCUUCUCUAGGAUGGUGAUAGAACCAAGCUGUUCCCGUAGCAGUGUCGGAAAGAGAUCUAACAUUAUUAUUGUAAGUUUUCAUAUAAUUCUUAAACUAAGAGGGAUGUCAGGGCAGCAAGCAGAGCAGAACUCCACAACAGCAGGAUGUCCUCAGGGCCUUGGGGGUCAUGCCACACCAAGGCUCACCCACGUGGCUACAGUAACUGGUGGAACAUAGUCCAUGAAUUCCAAAGCAAUGUGUCGUUCUUCCUUCAUGACCCUUGGCAAUCCCUUAACACUAACAGGUGAGAUUUCCUUUGCCUGUUGGUAAGCAGAAUGGAUCACAUACCUUCAUAAUCUAGCUGUGUAACUUUUUGUCAAGUGGCAUAUCUGAGAUAAUGUAGAAAAAUAGAUACCAGACAUACUUUCAUAUGGAGACAUUGCAGUCUAAGUCUGACAAAAUUCAGAACAAUCCACUAAUUUGCCCUUAAAACUAAUACCAUUGAGAAUACUGUGAACACCCACCCUGCACACAUAACCACAUUCUGACUCUACCCUUACAUUUUCUGUAUUUCCAUCCUGUAAGUAAUUCAAGACAAUUGAACAUAAGGCAGUCCAAACAUGUAAAGUGUGUGGUAUUGCCAAGAAGGUGCUGUGAUAGCCUACAACGUUAGCAGACAUCGCUCUCUUCAGAACACCUGUACUGACUGUUGACAUUCCUGCACAGAAUAGGAACUUGAAGAGUCAUUAGACCAUCCUAAGGUUGCAGCCCCUCCUCUCCACACCCUACCUGUUUCGUGAAAUAGAAAAUGACACCACCCCACGCUAACGCCGGCUACUUCCUGGUGUUCUCUCCACCUCCAUGCUAGCCCCAUGCAGCGGCUGCCCAUCUCGUUCUCUUGCUGUGGAUUCUGCUCCCAUUCCCAGGCAUCUGCCCCCUGUGGUUAGUGGUCCCAAAUCCCAGUAACCAGAUAAAAUCAAAACUCUAGAGGCUUGUGAUUUCUCAGUCAGAUUUAUAAUAGUAAAGUCUCAACCCACAAAACGCCCACACAAUGAACUCAAAACUCAAUUAAUAUAAACACAAGCUACACACCUAGAUGGGGCACACGCACCUUACUUAUUAUUUAAUCAUCUAUCUAAGAAAUCCCCAAUACUUAGGGCUCCCAGGACUGUGUGGUUCUGGCUCCUCUUCCUCUCCUAUAGGUUCCAUCUUAUCUCUUCCUCUCCUUCCCUUCUUCUCUCUCUCUGUACUCUCUGUACUCAUCUCUAAAAUUCUCAGCCUGCCUACCAUUCACAGGUUACAUUAUCUUGUGCCUUCCCUCACCUGCAUAUAGACAGCAAUCCACACCUACCCCCAUCUGUAUGUAAUUCUGCCUCAACCUCAUGUGGUUUUAGGAGUUACUAACAUAUAGCAGGUAGACCAGUUCCUGAAGAGUACACUCUACCUAUGGUUCUAUGAUAGAGUUGACUCAAGCAGUGCGGCUGUUUGGGGGGGUCAGUAACCCCAUCCUCCUUCAAGUAAGACCAAUAGGCUCAUUGAUUCAGUAAGGUACAAUGCAUUGGAAUCAUGACUUUGGUUGGCCAUUGGUUCCCUGUCUCCAGUGAAAUGUGUUCAUAUCUCCUCAUAAAUAGUGGACAUGCCAUGGUUACACUAUCAUAUACCUGAUUGCACCAUGGUUACAGAAAAAUAAAGACAAGGGUUUAAGAAAGUCCUUCAAGCCAGGCAUGGUGGUGCACACCUUUAAUCCCAGCACUCAGGAGACAGAGGCAGGCAGAUCUUCGAGUUCCAGGGACAACCUACAAUUCAAGUUCCAGGAUACCCAGGAUUACAUUGAGAAAUCCUGUCUUGAAAGAAAAGGCAGCAGUGAGAGAAAAAUCACUCUCCCAAUUUUUCUAGCGAUACCACCACUACUAGCAAUGAUGGCUCUUAGGGAGUUUUCCCAUUAGUGUAUAUUUGCAAUGCUUAAAUUAUGUUUAGCUACACACUGAGGUAGAAGGCUACUGUUAGCAUCCAGUGGAUCCCGUGGGACACUUAGUGGGUAGAAGCCAGGGAUGCAGCUAAAUAUUCUGUGCUACCCAAUAGAGAGCCAACUAUCAAUGUUGUUGUUGUUAAGGAACCUUGUUUAUUAAGAAACAAAGCGUAUGAAGUGUAUUUUCUUUUUUUUUUUAAGAUUUAUUUAUUAUAUGUAAGUACACUGUAGCUGUCUUCAGACACACCAGAAGAGGGUGUCAGAUCUCAUUACAGGUAGUUGUGAGCCACCAUGUGGUUGCUGGGAUAUGAAGUCGGGACCUUCAGAAGAGUAGUCAGUGCUCUUACCCGCUGAGCCAUUUCGCCAGCAUGAAGUGUAUUUUCAAGCAUAAGUUGUAUUGCAUAAAAUCAGGUUUGAGGUUCACUCCAUGAGAUAGAACCCAUACUUGAAACUGCUAAAGUCACCAAGAAUCUGAGACUAGGUAGGCCAUGGGCCCUAGGGGAAAACCUAUUGCUAUUACUCUAAAGGAACAUAGCAAUAAAGUCACUCCUAAUAACACCCUGCUAGCAAUUGGGGGAAUUUGUUUUGUUGUUAUUGUUUCUGUGGGCUUUUUGUUUCAUUUUGAUAUUUUUUUUGUCAGUAUUAGAUUUUUGUUUUUUGAGAGAAUAUGAGGUUGUAUGGUUAGGGUGUUAGGGAGGAGUUGGGGGGAAAGAGUGUGAUCAAAAUAUAUAAUGUAAAAAAAUAAUUAAAAAAAUCAAAAAUUUUUAAAAAGUGAAUAUAAUAGGUAGAUAUAAAAUGUGUUUCUGGUUUAUCUCUCUUAAGAAUACUGCCUCUGAAAAGUUUGCACUUACUGCAUAUGAUGAGAUUUUUUUUUUAGAUUUUAUUUAUUUUUUUGUAUUAGUACACCAUCAUUAUCAUCAGAUACACCAGAAAAGGGCAUCAGAUCCCAAUACAUAAUAUGAUUGUGAGCUACCAUGUGGUUGCUGGGAAUUGAACUCAGGACCUCUGGAAGAGCAGUCAGUGCUCUUAACUCCUGAGCCAUCUCUCCAGGCACCAUAUGGUGAGAUUUUAAUUGUCUACUUGGCUGAACCACAUGGUGCCAGAGAGUUGGUGAGGCACAACUCUGUGUGGUUGUCUAUGAUGAGAGUAACAUUUAAAUCAAUGGACUUAAUUAAAGCAGAUUGCCCUUCAUAAUGUGAGUGCGGUUCAUCCCUUCCUUUAAAGACCUGAACAGAUAGGCUGUCCCCUCCCUUUCUCCCAGUAACAGAAUUCUAACGGAAAAACUGGCUCUUCCUAAGGUUAUACCAGUCUCUUGGUCUUCAGAACUCUACUGGGACACUGGCUGGACUCUGCAGAUUGGGACUUCACCUCUAUACUUUAUGAAUGUUCUAAAUGUCCCAAAAGUAUGUGAGUUACCCACAGGACCAAGAUGGAGAUGAUGCCCCAGUAUGACCUGUCCAGACUGCCAGAAAACACAGCAUUGAAACAGCAAACGUUGCCCACCCAGCAGCUAAAUCUAUCUGCCUCGGUGGUCCUCUCUAUCUUUUUCAUCACAGGAGGAUUCUGCCUCUCUAUAGGCAUCAUCCUUCUGUUGUCUGCAAAGAGCACCAAGAAAAUUGAGAUAAAUUACACAAAGACGUGUGCGAAUUGCGCUCAGCUCCGGGAAAAUAGUUCUAAUUUUGACAAAGCAUGCAACUGUUCUCUUCCUUUUUACCUUCCGGAGAAAAUGGAGGGUGAUGUUUAUAUGUACUACAAACUGUAUGGUUUCUAUCAGAAUCUCUAUCAAUAUAUCUUAUCAAGAAGCAAUAGCCAAUUGGUGGGUAAGGAUAUUUGGGAUACUACGAACUGUGAUCCGUUCCAAGUGUCCCACAAUGACACUCCCAUCAUUCCUUGUGGUGCAAUUGCCAACAGCAUAUUCAAUGAUACCAUAACUCUUUCAUACAACCUGAAUUCAUCUACACAGAUAGAAGUCCCAAUGCUAAAGAGUGGGCUUACAUGGUGGACAGAUAAGUAUGUCAAAUUUCGGAAUCCAAGAUCCAGUAACUUCACCAGUACAUUUGCAGGAAGUUCGAAGCCUCUGCACUGGGCCAAACCUAUCUAUGAACUGGAUCUAGAUGACCCAGGGAACAAUGGCUUUCUCAAUGAGGACUUCAUUGUGUGGAUGCGGACGGCUGCCUUUCCCACUUUCAAAAAACUGUACCGCCGACUGAAGCGCGUGCACGCCUUCGCUGAAGGCUUACCUGCUGGUAACUACAGUUUGAGCAUCUCCUACAACUUUCCAGUAACCAUGUUCCAAGGAGAAAAGUCCAUUGUCCUUUCCACUCUGACAUGGAUCGGGGGAGGAGGCCUUUUCUUGGGGCUGACUUACACAGUGACGGGGGCACUGACGCUGUUGGCCUCUUUUGCCAUCCUGACGAUUCACUUGAUGCUGAAAAGGAGUAAACUGAAUUUCCUGUAGAGGUGGUGUCCAGAUUUAAA